AUGCAUACUUUGAGAUUAUUAUGGGCAGCUAAUAAUGAAACAACAUUGCAAAGACGUCAAACAAGAGUAAAUCGUCGUAAAAUGGUGCAAAUUGUGGAGAUGGAGGAAUUGGAAUUUGUUCAUCGUUUUAGGUUGGAUAAACAAAGUUUUUGGCAUAUUUGUGAUGAUCUUCGGCGUUUUACGUCAUUGAAAGGUACCCGGGAAAUUAGUUUAGAAAUCAAGGUUUUGUGUACUCUUAGCUUUUUAGCUACGGGUUCAUAUCAACGCAUUGUUGGACUAACGCAGCAUUUGGUACAAAGAACAACUAGUAGGUGUAUACGUCAAGUUGUUGAAGCAUUGAGGCAUCCAGCCAUUCUAAAUAAAUGGAUUCUGUUUCCAAGUUCGCAACAACAACGAGCCCAAAUAAGACUUGAGUUUCAGAGGCGAUUUAGACUCCCGGGUAUAGUUGGAUGCAUAGACUGUAUUCUUCUCGUUUCUUUGUUUUUCCUGUUUCUCUUGGACUCCCAUGUGGCAAUAGUCAAGCCAUCAGAUGAAGAACAUUUAUUUUUUAAUAGGAAAGGUUAUCAUUCAUUGAACGUACAAAUAGUAUGCAACAGUAAUUUAAAAAUUACUAAUGUAAAUCCAAAGUUUGGCGGAGCUACCCAUGACUCAUUCAUAUGGGCAUCUAGCAGAAUGGAAACAUUUAUGCGAGAAUUGCACCAAAAUGGAGAACAAGUGUGGUUAUUAGGUGAUUCUGGAUAUCCUCAGCGGCCAUGGCUGAUGACUCCCAUAUUAAAUGCAGUUCCUGGCUCAGUUGAAGAUACAUAUACUCAGCGACAUGCCAAUUUACCUCCUCCAUCUAUUAUGGAAGUAGAAGAAGAUGAUGCUCAACCUGACAAUGCAUCUGAUAGCGUUGGUGCUGCUAGUGAUCAAAGUCAGCUACUCCAAGGCAGGGCAGUACUGAAUAAUCUUUUAUCAGGACUUUAA